GAAGAUGUUCAAUUGAUUAAUUUAUGAGAUAAUCUUCUUGCAUAGAUAUAUUUACUGCAUUUUUAUGCAUGUAUCAAGGUCUUAUCAUUGUAGGCAAUCUGGGUUCAAAGCCUUUGUGCACAUAGCUUUCAUAGUCAAGUGCCUCGCAAAACAGUGCAAACAGCUGCUUAUAAUUUUCAGUAUCUCGUAUUUCCAUGGCAGUUUGACCAUGUGGCUAAGGCGACAGACUCGUAUUCCUCUAAUUGCUGGGUAGCUGGCAUUUUUUUUGAAAUUUUUUCAACCCCAUAUACCAAGCGACCCCUCUGCCCAGAGGACUUGCCAAUCUGCGUACGGAGUGCAGGAUAGGACUGAAUUCACUGAAGAGCUUCUUGUGCGUGUCCAUUUGGUCGACAUGGUCGCUUUAGAGCGCUCCGAGGGUCCUUCUGUCCCCUUCAUUCACGCAUAUCCCCACUGUUCCCUGAAUAUUUGUGCUGAGACACAGCGCGAAACCUUCCUAGUUAGACUACGGAAAUCCCGGGGAGUCAGGGUUUCGGCAUGGAGCCCGGAGG